GCCCUCCUGGCCAACGGCCUCAUCAUCAGCGCCAUAGCCGCCGGCCACCACCUGCACACGCCCAUGUUCUUCUUCCUGCUCAACCUGGCCCUCAGCGACCUGGGCUCCAUCUGCACCACUGUCCCCAAAGCCAUGCACAAUUCCCUCUGGGACACCAGGAACAUCUCCUACACUGGAUGUGCUACACAGCUCUUUUUCUUUAUGUUCUUCAUUGGAGCAGAGUAUUUCCUCCUGACCAUCAUGUGCUACGACCGCUACGUGUCCAUCUGCAAACCCCUG